UCUCCCAGCCGUGGCCCAGAGCCCCGUGGGAAGCGGUGGAGCCCCAGCCCUCCAGGACCCCUGCUGAGCCCCAGGCGCUGGGACAUGCCGGGCCGGUGCCACCCGCUGCUCGCCCUGGCGGGGCUGCUCUGCCUCGGGCCCGCCCUUGCCGAGGAGUGCACCAAGUACAAGGUCAGCACCUGCCGGGACUGCGUGGAGUCGGGGCCCGGCUGCGCCUGGUGCCAGAAGCCGAACUUCACGGGGCCAGGGGACCCGGACUCCAUCCGCUGCGACACCCGGGAGCAGCUGCUCAUGCGGGGCUGCCCGGCCAAUGACAUCGUGGACCCCAGGAGCCUGGCCGAGGCCCCAGAGGACCGAGAGGGGGGCCAGAAGCAGCUGUCCCCGCAGCAAGUGACGCUCUACCUGCGGCCAGGUCAGGCGGCCGCGUUCAACGUGACCUUCCGGCGCGCCAAGGGCUACCCCGUGGACCUGUACUACCUGAUGGACCUCUCCUACUCCAUGCUGGACGACCUCAUCAACGUCAGGAAGCUGGGCGGCGACCUGCUCCGCGCCCUCAACGAGAUCACGGAGUCCGGCCAGAUCGGCUUCGGGUCCUUGGCAAACAAGACCUUCAGGCACGUGCUGAAGCUGACCAGCAACGCCGACCAGUUCCAGACCGAGGUCGGGAAGCAGCUGAUCUCCGGAAACCAGGACGCCCCUGGGGGAGGGCUGGACGCCAUGAUGCAGGUUGCCGCCUGCCCGGAAGAAAUUGGCUGGCGCAAUGUCACCCGGCUGCUGGUGUUCACCACGGACAACGGCUUCCACUUUGCGGGCGACGGGAAGCUGGGUGCCAUCCUGACCCCCAACGAUGGCCGCUGCCACCUGGAGGACAACAUGUACAAGAGCAGCAACGCAUUUGACUACCCGUCGGUGGGCCAGCUGGCGCACAAACUGGCCGAAAGCAACAUCCAGCCCAUCUUCGCCGUGACCAAGAGGAUGGUGAAAACCUUCGAGGUGAGUGGAGUCGGGGUCCUGGUUCGGCCCCCCGUGGGAGCUUUCCCGAACGACUCCAGCAACGUGGCUCAGCUCAUCAAAGCUACAAACAAACUCUCCUCCAGGGUCUUCCUGGAGCACGGCGCCCUCCCCGACACCCUGAGAGUCACCUACGACUCCUUCUGCAGCAAUGGAGUGACAAUCACGGGCCAACCCCGAGGGGACUGCGACGGCGUGCAGAUCAACGUCCCGAUCACCUUCCAGGUGAAGGUCACGGCCACAAAGUGCAUCCAGGAGCAGACGUUUGUCAUCCGGCCACUGGGCUUCCCGGACACGGUGACCGUGCGUGUCCUUCCCCAGUGUGAGUGCCAGUGCCGGGACCAGAGCCAGGAACGCAGCCUCUGCCAGGGCAAGGGCUCCUUGGAGUGCGGCGUCUGCAGGGGCCCACUUCUCUGCGACCUUGGGAACCCAGGGCCAUUAGGCCGGCAGCCCUGGGAACCCCUGCAGCCAGAAGGCCUCCCAGGACAGGUGACCGCUCUGGUAGCCCAGGCCCUGCAGGCCACCCCUGGGUGUGCACACACCAAGGCCUGGGGUGUGUGGGCGACCGCUGGCUACAUCGGGAAAAACGUAGUGGCCAGACGGCAGGGCCGGAGCAGCCCAGGAGGCUUGGAGGAAGCAUGCCGGAAGGACACAAGGCUCCCAUCGUGGUGCUCGGCGGCCUGGGGGACCGCGUCUGCGGACAGUGCGUGUGCCACACCAGGCCACCGGUCGCGCAACAAGCGCAGAUCGUACGGGCCGCUACUGCGAGUGGUUGACAAUGCAACCUGCGAGCGGCUACAACCAACGGACCUGCGGCGGCCCAAUGAGCUGCCGAAGAGGGAUGCCUUGGGGGCGGCAGGCGUGCAGGCGCUUUCUUCCACGGCACUGGAGGGCCGCCCGAGGGAUGCCACAGAGACGCACGUGGGGGACACACAGACAGCAAAUGGCUCGCUCAGGAGCUUGGCAGCAGGACCUCAGGCCACCCUGCCCUGCCUCAGUUUCCUCAUCCCCAUGGGGAGGGCCCCAAGGGGGGCAAUGGUCCCAGCCCACUGGGAGGCCCAGUCACGGGGGUUGGGGGGGUACGUGGAGGCUGGACGGGCCAGGAGGCUGCCUCAGGGCUGGGGGCGGGAAGGCCUGGCCGGUGGUCAGUUGCCGUGUCUCAGCACUUCCGCCCACCGCAGAGAGGCGCGGCCGGUCGCUGUGUGGGGCUGCAGGAAGGGCUGGGGCGGGGUGGUGGCAGGUGGACCUCGUCCCUGGGCCCGGCAGGAGCUGAGCCUCCCGCCCCGCUGUCUUCCAGAGAGGGGCCUCUGCUUCUGUGGCAAGUGCCGCUGCCUGGAGGGCUAUGAUGGCUCCGCGUGCCAGUGCCAGCGCAACACCGAGGGCUGCCUGAACCAGCGGAAAGUGGAAUGCAGUGGCCGCGGCCGGUGCAGCUGCAACCAGUGUGUGUGCCAGAGGGAGUACCAGCCGCCCCUGUGCCUGGAGUGCCUGACCUGCCCCUCGCCCUGCAGCAAUCUCAGCUCCUGCGCCGAGUGCCUGCGGUUCGACAAGGGCCCCCUCAAGAAGAACUGCAGCGCGGCGUGCAGGAACCUGCGGCUGCUGGAAGUCCCUGCCCAGAGCAGCAGGAGGUGCAAGGAGCGGGACUCGGAGGGCUGCUGGAUGACCUACACCCUGUGGCAGCAGGACGGGUGGGACCGCUAUGACAUCCACGUGGAGGAGAGAGGAGAGUGUAAAGCCAGUGCCGCCGCCAUCGUGGGGGGCAUUGUGGCCGGCAUCGUGCUCAUUGGUGUCCUCCUGCUAGUCAUCGGGAAGCCUGUGACCCACCUGAGCGACCUCCGGGAGUACAAGCACUUCGAGAAGGAGAAGCUGAAGUCCCCGGGGAACAACGAUAACUCCCUUUUCAAGAGCGCCACCACGACGACCAUGAACACCAAGUUUGCUGAGAGUUAGGAGCCCUUGGAGAAGAGAAGGCUGCCGGGGCCGGCCAGGUGGGACCCCCCCCCAGCCACAUCACCCCCAUCCCGCGACCGUGACACGGCAGCACCUGUUACCCACACAUCCACUGUUGUUCCUGCCCCCGGCAUGACAGAUGUGGCCGGGUGUUUACACAGACUCCCCAGAAGGGACAGCACCCCCAACCACGGCAUGGUCUCCUCAGACACGUGAGGAAGGACCGCGCGAGUCCUGUGGGGCUGGAUCCGCGGGGCCUGCGUGAGUUAGGAGAGCAGUCUGAUUAAAGGUGGCACAAGUUUA